AUGGACGAGUUCGCCGGUGGUCGCCGCCGCCCCGAUUCGCCGCCUCCGCUUUCGUUUUUCCCGGACGACAUGCUCGUGGAGAUCCUCCUCCGCCUCCCGCCGGAGCCCAUCCACCUCUUCCGCGCCUCCUUCGUCUCCAAGCUCUGGCGCGGCCUCGUCCACGGCGCUCGCUUCCUCCGCCGCUUCCUUGACUUCCACAGGGGGACGCCUCCCGUCCUCGUCUUCUUCAACAACCAGCUGGGUCCUCCCCUCUUCGUCCCCACCUCCGGCGGCUUCGCCCCCUCCACCGCUGCCAAGAUGUCCACCGGCAACUGGUCGGCCCUCAACUGCCGCCACGGCCGGGCCCUCCUUGAAAAGUUAGGGUCCGGAAGGCUCCUCGUCUGGGACCUUGUGACCGGACACCAGCGCUACCUUCGCGUUCCCCCGGCUUGCGGUGGGAUUUGCAACAGCACGGUUCUCUGCGCGGCCGGACAUGCCGACCACGGUGACUGCCAUUCCUGCCCGUUCCUCGUGGUCUAUGUGUUCAGUCGGAGUGGUUCUGCUAUCUGUGCGUCAGAGACCGGCGUCUGGGAUGAGGCAACCUCGAUCGAGAUACCAUCUUUAUCACUUGUUCCGAGACCGACAGCUCUGGUUGGGAACACACUACUGGUUGCUGCAAAACUGUAG